AUGGACACAGUUCUGAUAGCAUUGGGCCUGGUAGCGACAUUGCUCGUCUUGGAUUACCUGCGUCUCUCACUAUGGAGUCCUUUGAGGAGCAUUCCUGGCCCAUUCUCAACACGAUCUUCGGGCCUCUACCGUCUGUCCAUGGUCUACAGAGGCAACGCACCUAACAACUAUCGCGAAUUGCACAAACGUUACGGCAAAAUAGUUCGAACGGGCCCUAACCACGUCUCGAUCUCGGACCCUUCUGCUAUUCCCACCGUGUACGGGCUUGGAACAGCUUAUCUCAAGACUCCUUUCUAUUCAACAAUGUCACCAUUUUACAAAGGUUCGACCAUGGAUAGCAUGUUCACCACACGCGACCCUUCCUACCACAAAGCUCUGAAAACACCUGUUGCACAGCUAUUCUCCAUGACCAACAUGCGAAACUACGAAACUUACGUCGACGAAUGCUCUGCCAUUUUUGUCAGAUCCAUGAAAGAUCUACAGGGCCAAUCCUUUGACUUGGCAAUAUGGCUUCAAUGGUACGCGUUCGAUGUUAUCGCUAGCCUAACCUUUCAGCGUCGCUUCGGUUUCAUGGAGAACCGAGUGGAUGUGGACAAUAUGAUCUCGGGCUUGGAUGCUGGCUUGCGCUACGUUGGUGUGAUCGGGCAGUACCCCGGUUGGCAUCGCUUUCUGAUGGGUAAUCGUAUUCUCAUGGAGACACUGGCAACAUUGAUACCAAACCUUCCCGACCCGCUGAACAGAUUCAUGCAGAUUACCGAAGAAGAAGUCCAACGCUAUGACAAUGAGAGCAAGCACGACGGAAGGACAGACUUUCUGUCGCAAUUACGAGCGAAGGAGGCUAAGGAUGGCAAGAUUCCAAACAGGGACAUGAUGAAUCAUUUGUCCAACAACCUACUUGCUGGGAGUGAUACAACUGCAAUCUCGCUCCGAGCGUGCUUCUACUAUAUCAUACGGACACCACGAGUGUACAAGCGACUGGUUGAAGAAAUUGAUGAAGCACAUCACCAAGGCACGCUCUCCGAGUUCAUCACGUACGAGGAAUGUCUAAAGCUGCCGUACUUACAAGCCACAAUCAAAGAAGCAAUGCGGAUGCAUCCUGGAGUUGCGUUUCCUCUAGAAAGACUUGUCCCGGACAAUGGCGCGACGCUUCUGGGUUACCACCUGCCCGCUAGGACAAACGUUAGCAUGUCUGCGCCAGUUAUCCAUUACGACAAAGAAAUAUUUGGCCCUGAUUCACACGAAUUCCGUCCCGAGCGGUGGCUCGAGUCCAACGCGGAGCGAAUGAAGAUUAUGGACCGAGCUCUACUAACGUUCGGUUACGGAGCAAGGACUUGCAUCGGCAAGAAUAUCUCGAUCAUGGAGAUGGGUAAAUUCAUUCCGCAGAUCCUCCGCAAUUUCGAGAUCGAGUGGGCCUCCUCAGAACCGGAAUGGAAGACAUACGCGGCGUGGUUUUGGAAACAAUCAGACAUCAUCGUCAAGUUUUCGGAUCGUCACAAGACCGAUGUAGCUUGA